UUAACCCCCUCAGUUAUAAAUAAAGCUUCAGCAGAACGCGUGGGUGAUAUUUCUAGAAGGAGCUGACUCUGCGAAGUACAGCUAGUACAUUAUCUUAUUUAAAAAGGGGUUACCUCCUCGCGUACCGAGAGCAUUUCAACUUUGUUUUAUCGAUUGAAAAACGUUACGGGUCCCUGAAAACAUGGCCGAAAGCGACUGGGAUACGGUAACCGUGUUGAGGAAGAAGGGCCCCACUGCUGCCCAGGCCAAGUCCAAGCAGGCGAUCACGGCUGCUCAGAGACGCGGGGAGGACGUCGAGACGAGCAAGAAAUGGUCUGCCGGGCAGAAUAAACAGCACCUCGUGACCAAAAACACGGCCAAACUGGACCGGGAGACGGAGGAGCUGCACCACGAGAGGGUUCCUCUGGAAGUGGGCAAGGUCAUUCAGCAAGGCAGACAGGAGAAGGGCAUGACCCAGAAAGACCUCGCCACAAAAAUAAACGAGAAGCCUCAAGUGAUUGCCGACUAUGAAAGCGGGAAGGCGAUACCCAACAACCAGGUCAUGGGAAAAAUAGAGAGAGUCAUUGGCCGGAAGCUGCGUGGGAGAGAAAUUGGGCAACCCCUGGAGCCAAAGGCCAAGAAAUGAGCACAAAGCCUCGAAAUCAGCCCUCCCCGUCCCCAUACGUCACCUCUAACCUGAACCCUUUCAGAACCCUCCCCUGACCCCCUACCCACCCCAAGUAUCCCUCUCCUCUCCUCCAACCCGCUCCCUUUCCUGGGCUGAUCUCACCUGCGUCCUGCCCGAGGACCCGGUGACCAAGCGCACCACGAGCUGCGCACCGACGGGCCAUCCGCAACACUCGAUGUAAACAACAUGAUUGAAUGCAUAUUUCUUCAGCGUCACAGAUUUAAAGAACAGUGAAUUUCUUUUCACCUUUUUUAGGCUUUAACAUGACGGUGGUAAGUCGUUCAGAAGGUGACUUCCUUUUCACGAUCAAACGAGUCUGACUAACCUUCGAAUCUGAGCAUGUUGUUAAACCACAAGUGCUUGAUUGCAUCCUUUUUUUUGUUUUGUUUUUCUCGUUUAUUCUCCACACUUUUAAGACAACUGGGUGGAUGUUAAUACCGUGCUUGAAAUGUUUUAAUGCUGUACUUUGUUUUGGUUUAAGAAAAAUAAAGUUUGGCAGUUGAUGAUGAC